AGUGCAAGGAAACUUUUCUAUGGUCCAGAACGUACCCCUUAGCGUUUUCGUGGUCGCUGAUUACGAAGACGCACCAACGGGGGUUGCUUCGUUGACUUCCGGAGGUUCACUCUCUUCGACAAGCGGUAGUUCUGUUUUCGAGCGACAGGGAGUAACGCGCACAAAGGGUCACCUGCGUGCCUUGCACAGCAUCGGCGCAUUGCUGCCACAGCCAGCGACUGGGUAUGCUAAGAGCUAUCGUUCGG